AUGGCAGAAGACAAACAGAGUCUGAUUAGAUCUCUGAUCAGUCAGUAUAUUGUGUCCGUAGACGUUUCGGAUAUCGAGCUGGAAGCGUCCUCCAAGUCAUUGGCAGAGUAUCUGCAGUCCGGUGAGAUCUCACUACUGGAGUUCAUCAAGUUGCUGGGUCCUCAUCUGACUGAUGAUGGCGAUAAGCUUCGUUCGAGCUCAGUUUCAUGUCUUGUUGAUACUUUAAGGCUUGUUUCGCCACUGAAGAGAAACGAUCUCUCGGUGUUGACCGACUUUCUUCUUUCGAAACUUACUGAUGAACCAUGCACUUUGGAGGCACUCAGGGGACUCACCAUUCUGGUGGGGAAACCGGGAUUCCAAUUUGCACAAGUUGCUAAUAUCUUGAACUCGGUACGUGAUCAUUAUGAUUCCAAGAAGCACCUGGCUAAGGUAAGAUAUUGGUCCUUCGAACUGCUCAAGGCCAUUCUUACCAAGUUCGAAGACCAAUUGAUUGUGGCCCUCAAUGACGAGUUUAUCGACUCUUUCUUGUACAUAUCGGCCAAUGAGAAAGAUCCAAGGAAUCUGAUACUUUCCUUCGGUCUCAACACACAUAUUUCAUCGAAGUUCGACAUUGAGACCAAAUCUGCCGAUCUGUUUGAUGCUGCCUUUUGUUACUUUCCCAUCUCCUUCAAGCCACCUGCAAACGAUCCUUACAAAAUCACACCGGAACAACUGAAAGAAGCCCUGAGGUCGGUUAUAGCUGCCAAUUCUGCGUUUGCCAAGGACGCUCUCCCAUCUCUAAUUGAGAAGCUGAGCUCCACAGCCCCUUCUGUGAAACUAGAUACCCUAGAAACUAUCAACAGGUGUGUUCUCAGCUACGAUGAAGCCACAAUUGAGGAAUACUGGCUAUCUGUUUGGAAUUCGCUGAAGUUUGAGAUAUUGCAUGCUGAAGUCGCUAGUGUUAAUAGCAUGGAUGAUCUGAUCCAGUAUUACACGAACGCCGAGAACGAAGAGGAAAAAGUGAUUCCGCUUGUUCUCACUGUGUUCAAGUCAUUGGGAGGGAGAUUUUCUGGUCAGAACGAGGCCGGACUCAGAGACUAUAUCUCUGUGGUGGUGAACGAACUGGGCAAGUUCUUGACAACUCCGGAUCACAAACAGGCCAAACAGUCUGCGAUCAUUUUGAGUGCAAUUGCCAGUGCCAAUGUGCAUGUUUUCAACCUUGUAAUAAGCACUUCGUUCCCGUUUUUGUUGCAAGCAUUGGAGGACGAUGCUUCUCCAUGGACCAUAUCCAAACAGAGAUCUAUGAUCACCAACGUCUCGUUCGUGCUUGAUUCAUACGACUCGUUAUUUACCAAACAGAGCAACGUUAUCGAUCCAGAAACUAAUGCCUUGUUUCAGUACAAAUCUGAAAUCCUCAUGCUUUUGACAAGAUCUCUCGGGGCCUCGUUAAAGGUUGAGGUUUCGCUGCGUUGCCUGGCAAUCAAAACUAUCGGGAAGAUCGUCAACUUGAAGAGUCUCCUUAAUCUUGAAGAGGGAAAGUUAUUGGUCCAAAGUCUGACAGAGGUGCUGCUAGAAGAUGACAAUCCAAACACGUUUGGUGUUGCUGUGGGUGGCUUGAAAGAGGUUGCGAGAAUCAGACCUAGCCUCAUAGUCGAGGUCACUCUUCCCCAGCUGCUAGCUCUUCUUCCAGACGAAGAAACCACCAAGUUCCAGGCCAGCUCCAAUAAGUGCAUUGAUAACGAGACGAAAGUGUUGCAGGUAAUUGCCGAGAUUUCCGAGAAUAAAGAGAUCUUGGAUGUUGUCAUGAUCAGAAUUCUGAGUAAGAUGUCGGUGUUACUCAAAUCAAGCACUUCUGUUAGUGAUGUGAGGGCCAUUUUAAAAGCCUUGGAGACCAUACUGAAGAAGUCAGAAGCUUUUCCCGGAAUGUCAACCAACGACUAUCUCCGCAAGUUCAUCCCCCAGUUCCUGUAUCUUGUUCUUGAUGGUAUUUUCAUCAACAGCUCCUCGCCGAUAUACCAUGAUAACAUCUCUUUGGAGAUCGCAGGUACUGUGGUGAAAGUUAUCAUUACCGGUAGUGAUCUCACCCUUCAUCAGAAGGUUUUGGAUGAAUUCAUGGACCUUUUGGUCCUGAAGAAAGGAUUCUCGUUACUGUCAAAACCUUUAAGCUCACCUAUAGACGUUUUUGCCAAAGGUAAUGAGAGUGCUGCACCGCUGUUGUCCAAAGUGUUCGCUGCAACUGACAAAGCUACGACCUUACCCCUCACAACAACAGACCUGAGUGAUAGAGUCAUUUCAGCUCUGGAGACCGAGACUGAUAUUUUUACGAGGCAAUGUUAUCUUCAAAUUCUAAGUUUGGUCAUCAACAAGUGGUUUGAUUCGAAUGACGAUGACUAUUUACGCUUGAAGUGUACAUCGUUCAUGAGCACGAUUUCUGGAAGCGAGGAUCUGGCGCAACGUUCCAAGCAUCUUGAGCUUUUGGUGUGGUCCACUAAAGCACUUGUGAUGAAGAAUGACAAAUAUGCUCACGAAAUCUUGGAAUAUUUGGUUUCUCUAUUAGAAGUGCCCGAACUGGCAAAUGUGGCACCCAAGGCGUUUGAGAUUUUGGUAGCGGAUGUGGAGUGUUUUGAUGCUUAUAAAAAGGCAGGAGCCACCUCGAAAGCUCUUCCAUUUGCCAAGAAGGCCGCAGUGUUCAACAUAUCGACGAGUCCUUUAUACAAACAAAGGUUCUUCAACACUUUGAUUCCAAAGUUGAUUGCAGGGUCCAACAGGGGUGGAGACCAAAAGCGCACAUUUUUGAUUACCCUCAGUCUUAUAGCGAAAUAUGCAGACAAAGCCAUUAUUGUUCCUCAUCUGGAAGAAAUCACGCCAUUACUUUUGCAAUCGCUUGAAAUUCCUAACGAUAAGAUCCGUUCUUCGAGUCUUGUGAUCUUGGAAAUUGCCAUUGCUGAGUACCCAGCCCUGAUCAAGAAGCAACUCCAAACGUUGAUUCCCAGACUGUUGGAUUUGGCACAGCCAGAUACUCAUACGGGUGAAGAGGUGAAGAUUAAUACGCUGAAGUGUUUACUGGGACUUACCAUCAACGAAAAAAUCGGCUUCGUUGCGCUGAUGCCCUACAAGACAGGCGUCAUCCGGAACCUGCUUCCCACACUGGAUGACAAGCGGAGAAGUGUUCGCAAAAUGGCUUCUGAUUGCAGACAGCAAUAUUACGAACUUGCCCAAGGAUCUGAGAGUUAA